UAUUAUGCCCCCGAAGAGAGGCAUAUAAAAAUCGCACCGUCUGCCUGUCCGUCUUUCUGUAUGUCCGUCUGUCUUAGCGUCCCUACCUCAUUCGUGUCCGGACUGUAACUUUGUCAUACAUUAAGGGAUUUUGAAAUAGCUUGGCACAAAUGUCAACCAUAUCAAGACGAUGUGUUGCAUUUAAGAACCACGUCCCUAUCUCAAAGGUCAAGGUCACACUUACAUUUUGAAGUUUCACAUUUCCACAAAUAAAGUUAAAGUAUAUAAGGUAUAUAAAGUUAGGUACACAUGUUCGUGUCCGGACUGUAACUUUGUCAUGCAUCGAAGGAUUUCAAAAUAAGUAGGCAUAAAUGUCUACCACAUCAAGACGAUGUGUCACGUCUAAGAAAUACGUUCCUACCUCAAAAGUCAAGGUCAUACUACCAUUUUGAAGUUCACUAUAUCACAAUUUGGGUUUAUAGAUACACACAUUGGUGUCCGGACUGUAACUUUGUCAUGCAUUAAAGAAUUUUAAAAUAACUAUGCAUAAAUGUCAAUCACAUUAAGACGCGUUCAAGACCCCUGUCCCUACCCUUAAGGUCAAGGUCACACUAAUAGCUUGAAGGUACUCAUUAUCACAUUCAUGUCUGGACUGUAACUUUGUCAUGCAUGGAAGGAUUUUAAAAUAACUUGACACAAAUGUCUACCACAUCAAGACAAUGUGUCGUGGCUAAAGCUCAUGUCCGUCUGUCCGUCCCUACUUACACAACAAUCCAGACUGUAACUUUGUCCUGCAUUGAGGGAUUUUGAAUUAACUACACACAAAUGUCUAUCACAUGAAAAUGUUUUGUUGCGUUCAAGAAUCACGUCCUUUUUCAAAGGUCAAGGUCACACUUAAAUUCUGAAGCUCAUGCUAUCACAAUUAGAGAUUAUAAGUACACACAUUUGUGUCCUGACUAUAACUUUAUCAUGCAUCAAAAGAUUUAAAAAAAACUUGGCAUUAGACAUCAAAUGAUUUUAAAAUAACUUGGCACAAAUGUCUACCACAUCAAGAUGACGUGUUAUGUGUAAGACCCAUGUUCCUACCUCCAAGGUCAAGGACACUCUAAUAGUUUGAAGGUAGUUAUGCUCAUAAGAAGAGUUCGAAGGUACACAUUAGUUUCCAAAGUGUAACAUUGUCAUGCAUUGAAGGAUUUUAAAAUAACUUGGCAUGAAUGUCUACCACAUCAAGAUGUUGUGCCACAUCCAUGACCCUUGUCCCAAGGUGUUAAGUCUGCUAAAAAUUGCACUUCAUUUCACAAAAACAAUAUUAAGCAAUUAGUUACUUUUAUUCUCUUUUCUUUUCACAGUCAAUGAAUUUAAGAUUUUGAAUUUACUGGCCAGAAUUCCAGUUUAUAAUUAAAUUUACUAUAUAUUUAACUUAAUUUUCUUAAAAUUUACACUGGCCCGAACAAAUUUUCAUGGCUAUUGACCACCGGGCAAGUGCUAAAAUCGAUGACUGUUUCCAUAAUACCUGAAUGCUCAAGAAACCUUUUCGGGGGCAUUUGUCACUUGAGUGUCAGCUUUUGUUAUUUUAAGCUUCACUGUAAAAUGUACAGAAGUAGGUUAUUUGUGCUUUAUAAGCAAAUGCAACAAGUAAAUACGGUUACUUCAGUAAAAUAAUUAUAACAUUUAUUAAAAGCCAUUUCUAUACCAUUCGCUUUUAUAUAAUCUGCGGUUUAAACACAAUUUAAGGGAAUUAUGUGAUUGGAGUAUUUUAAAGUAACUCAUUCUUACAGUUUUAAUUCUCAACUUAAGAAUUGUGUUUAGUCUCAUUGCUGAACAAUGUAUCUAUGUGAAUGUUGCAUUAUUUGUUUUCUGUAUAUUAGGUACGGCAGUAUCGAAAUGAGAUUUUUCACUCUAGCAGUAUUGAGUUAGAAGAAAGUAAGGCGAAUUCAAACAUUGACGACAUGAUAGCUGUUCUUCAAGAUGGUAAGGAGCUUGUACAUCAACAAGAUGCACAACAAGCUGUUGGGAAACUUCAAGAUCUGAAGAAGAAAGACUUCAUUAUUACUACAGAAGGAUUUGAAGAAAUAUUGAGACAAAUCAAAGAAAAAAUGACGAAAUUAUCAGAGAAACACGAGGGACUUGAAAAUGAAUUAACUGAACUUAAAGCACAGAGGACCAAAGAUAAGGAGGAAGCUGAGAAAAAAAAUACAGAAUUAAGAAGAAAAUUUACUGUCCUUGAGACAGAACAAAAAGAG